AUGGAUAUAAGGGAUCCAAUGUCGGGCUUGGAUUAUCGUAGCUACAAUCCGCUGUAUCCAUUGUAUGCUGAAAAGGUGAAUAAAGGUCUAAGUAUCGUGAGAAUAGCCGACGACGCCAGAAUAGCUACGGUUGCUGUACGAGACAUAAACCUUCUGAUAAGCUAUGAAUGGGAUCGUAUCACUGGAAGGCAUCUUACGGUGUUUUUCAAAGAUGGGACUGCUAGGAUCCAUGAUGUCUUUCAAGGUGGGAAAUUGAUAAGUCUGCUUAGGAUAAGUACGAAGACGGUCGACGGUGCUUUAUGGGAUCGAAUGGAAGUCCAGGCCUCUGAGGGUGACGGCAUGCUCAAGUUCGAGCGUGAUGUAACAAAAGUCAUGCCCAAGAUGAUCAGAUUCGCGAGGGACACGAGGCAAAUCUUUAUACUGCCAUAUGAGCCGCCAAACAGAGCAUGGCGGCUAGCGACAGAGGAGAGGGAUGGCGUGAAGAUUGAAAAGCCGAUAAUCGACGUUCACGCAGUACACAAGGACACUAACGAUCUUUUGCUUAUGUUCGACGGUGAGUACGUACUGCGGUUGCCUUCGCAGGGCGACCGAGAUCCGCUGUCGACCAGCUUGGAAGCCAUGUUUGCAGCACAAAAAGGCGUCUACCAUCUGUUCUUCCGGGAGGGCAACGUGGAGAGUCUACGUUUGAGCCCUGUCAUCAAGAAUAGCCCUUUGGUGGAUCUUAUCAAGUCUUUCAUCACCAUGACACAGUUGAGCCGUUACUUGCAGAAUCAUCUCGAGUUGAUACGAAACGACCUGAUAGCACCGUACAAUGACUUUCUGGAGAGAGUCUGUGAUAGAGCGUUCGGUUAUCCGGAGCUGCAUGAAGAGCUGGAAACAUUGCUGCUGACUGGAUGUAUUUCACAAGAGUUGGGGGACUGGCUUUGCAACACGGUAAACGAGAAGAAUUCGAAGAAACUGAGAAAGCUGAGUUUGGAGAUGUACCAGAAGAGCACUCAGAUUUUCACCCUGGCGUUCAUCCCAGCGUGUGAGCGGCUUAUCCUAUUAAGCGAAGGAUGUCGCGGGCUCCUUAGCGCCAUUGAAGCGAUCGAAACCGGCUCUAUAAGCUCCAUCUGUCAUACUGAAGAACUUACGGCGGCCGGACAGGCCAUCCUGAAGCUGACCUUGGAAGCGAUUCAAAAUGUCAAAUCUCGGGAACUCUUGUUUCAAACCUUUUGGCCGUGGUUCGAUGACAGGGUGCAUGAAGCCCUGGAUGAAGAUUACAAGCCCAAAUUAAAACUCGACGGCCAAAGCAAGACAGGUUACGAGAUUGCAGCAUAUCUAGACUCGCAGUUCAGAGAUUCCCAACCCUCCCUGCAUCUGGACGACUUAUUCAAAGCUGACUCCUUCAAGAUCGCCUUAAACAAGUUCUCGACAAAACUAAGUAUACUGAGGGAUCAGCAAAUGGAGCCGUAUCUGCUACAAAAAUGCGUCAAGGGCCAUCCUAAGAACGUUCUGCAGAAAGAUGGUCCCCAAGCGAAGAUGGUUGGAGCAGCACCACUUUGCGAAAGACCGCUCAUCGUCUGUUUUGUGACAGGAUCCGAAGGAAAGUCUCCGUGGCUGUCCAUUAGGCUCCUAGACAGAUUCUCCCUCGACCGUGCCGCUAGCGAUCUGCCAAUUCAGCUCCCAUUAGGGCUCGAAGAUCGUCAAAUCGAGAACGUAUUGAUCCUGAAAGUCUCCAGUGAACCACAAGAUCCUGUCGCCUCAAGAGCGAAGCCCAACAGUGGUAAGACCUCCAUCUGCUUCGAGGUCGCGAUUUCAUGCCUGCAGGAGGACCAAAGUGGACCGAGUUCAACACCGCAGUUAUUCUACCAAUGUGAGAUAACGGCUGACCUUCAUAUCGCCUCACUUACAAUGCAAGAAACUCCAAGCUAG